GUCGACCAUUUGAGUUUGUGCGUUUCGUGAGUACUGCAAAGCGAUUGCGAGCUCAGCGAAAAUAUGACUUUGUCACCCUACCUGUUAUUCAUCGUUGCAGUUGUGACUGUUUCGACAACUGCAGCAACAUCAGCCACCAAAAGAAUGGGCCGAUCCGGAGAGGAUUUGCGUCUGCCAAGAGAUAUUUUACCUCGAUCAUAUGAGGUGACUUUGUUGCCAAUUCUGAUAGAGGGAAACUUCACGACCGAGGGCUGUGUCAGUAUCUCUGUCGAUUGCAUCCAAUCCACUAAUAACAUAACACUACACAUCGCUGAUAUCAUUUUUAAUCCAGUAGAUAUUGAGUUAACUGAUUUGGCUACCGGACAAUUGAUAAGCAUCAGCAGUGUCGUUGAGGACAAGGUGCGCCAAUUUUUGAUUUUGACACCAAAUGCCCAGCUGUUAGCUGGACGCCAAUACCGCCUAUCAAUGGCUUUUACCUCCAUACUCAACAAUGAGCUACGCGGCUUCUACCGUUCCAGCUACAACGAAAACGCCACAACCAAAUACAUGGCCGUUUCCCAAAUGCAGCCGACUGAUGCACGACGAGCAUUCCCUUGCUUUGAUGAGCCUAACAUGAAGGCAAAUUUCACAAUGAAACUCGGUCGUUUGACGACGCAGCUGUCGACGUCAAACAUGCCUGUCAAGGAAACAACGCCCAUAGCGGAUCGACCUGGCUACGUUUGGGAUCUUUUCGAAACAUCGUUGCCUGUUUCGACUUACCUGGUGGGAAUGAUGGUUUCUGAGUUUACGUUUAUCGAUUCACCAGCCGGAUUGAGCACGACGCCCUUCCGUAUCUGGACCCGACCGGAAGCCGUCAGCCAAGCCGAGUACGCUAGUCGAAUUGGUCCGCAAGUGCUGUCGUUCUACGAAGACUACUUUCAAAUCGCCUUCCCACUUCCAAAGCAGGAUAUGGUCGCGCUAAAAGAUUUAUCAUUCGGGGGAAUGGAAAACUGGGGAAUGAUCACUUACCGAGAAACGGCUCUACUGUUUGAUCCGAUUAAGUCAUCCGAGUCGGACAAGCAAAGAGUAGUAACAGUCGUAGCCCAUGAACUAGCUCAUCAAUGGUUUGGAGACCUUGUCACGAUGGACUGGUGGAGUGAGCUCUGGUUAAAUGAAGGGUUUGCUAGCUAUAUGGAAUACCUUGGAGCGAACUACGUCGAACCCGAAUUUGGUCUCAUUGAACAAAUAGUCAUCAAUGACAUCCAGGACGUCUUUGGAGUCGAUGCGCUCGAGUCUUCUCAUCCUAUCUCCGUGGAGGUGAAUGACCCUAAUGAAAUCAACGAGCUAUUUGAUGACAUCUCCUACGCAAAAGGCGCGUCAAUUAUUCGGAUGUUGAACAAAUUCCUAGGAGAGCAGUCAUUUCGUGCUGGUUUAACUAACUACCUCAAUGGGAGAAAAUAUAGCAACGCAGUUGCAGAUGAUUUAUGGUCAGCUCUCACAGCUCAGGCCAUUGCUGAUAACGUUAAUUUACCAGUGGACGUUCGUACAAUUAUGAACACUUGGACUUUGAAAAUGGGUUAUCCAAUCUUAACUGUUACUCGCGAUUACGCUACAUCGGCCGCCACAGUCUCCCAAGAACGAUUUUUGUUGAGAUCAAAUCCCGAUUCGACAGAUGAGACCGUCUACCGUUGGUGGAUUCCCUUGACCUACACAAGUGACUUUAGUCAGCCGCAGAAAAGUUCAUGGAUGGCUUUCGAACAGCCAGCCAUUCAAAUAUCCAAUGUCGGAGCAAGUAAUCGAUGGGUCAUAUUUAACGUAGAUCAAGUUGGCUACUACCGGGUGAAUUACGACGAUGCUAACUGGAAUAUGAUCAUAGCUCAAUUACUCUUAGAUUACCAACAAAUUUCUUUAAUUAAUCGAGCCCAGCUGCUUGACGACAGCUUGAACAUUGCCCGUGUCAAUGCGUUGCCUUACGCCUUUCCAUUGGAGUUGACCCAAUACUUGACGAAAGAGCAGGAUUAUAUCCCGUGGACAUCGGCGCUGAACGGAUUAAGUUACCUCGAUCUGAUGUACAUCCGGACGACAGGAUAUGGAGAAUUUAAGGGUUACCUGACGAAAUUAGUAACGCCACUUUACGAUUACGUCAAGUUCAACGAUACCGUCGGAGAUUCUCACCUUCUUAUUUACACUCGAGUCACAGCUGUCACUUGGGCUUGCAAGCUAGAUAUUGGGGAUUGCGUAUCUAAUUCGGUCAACUUUUACCAAGCUUGGAUGAACGACCCAACAAACCCUACUAUUGUUCCUGUCAAUCAAAAGGCAACCAUUACCUGUACAGCAAUCGCUAACGGUGGAGACCCCGAAUGGGACUUUGCCUUCCAACGAUAUCUUGAUUCAAACGUGGCUGCUGAAUCGUCAAAAUUACUUUUCGGACUAAGUUGCUCUACCGACCCGUUGACAUUACAAAAGUUGCUGGAAUGGAGCUUGGAUCCCACUUCCGGAAUCCGGCGAAAUGACGCCAGUAGCGUUUUUAUCAACGUUGGAUCAAACCCGAUUGGUCGUGAUCUGACAUUCGACUUUAUUCAAAACCGUUGGUCGGAUAUGGUUGCCUAUUUCCCUAGUUUGUACGACCUAGCCCGGAUAGUAGACUCUGUAUCGGAAGGUUUCAACACUCCGGCAGAAGUAGAAGAGUUGAAACAAUUGCAAGCAGACCACGCCGACGAGCUCGGUACAGCAGCAAGAGCCAUUGAUCAAUCAAUUGAACGAUCAGAGUCUAAUGUGGAAUGGAUGUCACUCCAUUACCAGGAAGUACUGGACUGGAUCCAACAGAAUCCGUAAACAUUGUAAAACAAGAAAAGCCCAUCAAUAUUGAUAAACAGCUGACCGAGGAAAAGACGUAAAGUGCGUAAAUCCAUCAGCACUAUUGUUUACAAGUUGAGACAGUGCAUCAAGCGAGACGGUACAAGGGCGAAAUACAAGCGCGAGCGACGCGCACGUCAACAGA